CCCCGGAGCUCAGCUGGUCCGCCCGGCGCUUCUCCUCCCCGCUUCCCCGGCUCGGCGCGCUCCCGGGGGUGAGCCCUGCUCCCUCCUCCAUGGCGUCGCUCCUGUGCUGUGGGCCGAAGCUGGCCGCCUGCGGGAUCGUCCUCAGCGCCUGGGGAGUGAUCAUGUUGAUAAUGCUGGGGAUAUUUUUCAAUGUCCAUUCCGCCGUGUUGAUUGAGGACGUUCCCUUCACGGAGAAAGAUUUUGAGAAUGGCCCCCAGAACAUAUACAACCUGUACGAGCAAGUCAGCUACAACUGCUUCAUCGCUGCCGGCCUCUACCUGCUGCUGGGCGGGUUCUCCUUCUGCCAAGUCCGGCUCAACAAGCGCAAGGAGUACAUGGUGCGCUGAGAGCACCCUCCGCACCACCCCCGGCCCUGUAUUUAUAAAACCCUCCCCGGCUUCCUCCAGCCUUGUCCGGUACCCCAAUAAACACAGCUGGCCUCCCCCCUGCA